AAUCAUCCGAAGCUUUUUUGUCAUCCAUUUUCCUUCAUUUUCUCGCUUCCUUUUCUUCACUCCGUCAAAUUCCACCAAAUAAUCUCCUCUUCCUCCUCUCUAAUCCCCGAAGAAACUUGAUCCUUGUCCGAAACUCAGAUCCGAAAAUCCCUUCCCGGGAAGGAAUGUAUUUUGUGAGCUUUUGUGCCUGAUUUGUGGAUUUAAUGGAAUUUUCGAUCAUUUCCAUUGGAUUCCAAGGUGUGGAUCAGAGGUUGUAUUUGAUGAUUUGAAUCCCGAGAUUAAUCGAGGCGGUACCUGGAUUGGGAACGGGAUUGUCCGGCGGGGAAGCAUUUUUGUGCCAUUUUUCCUUAUGAUGGGCUAAGUUCUGAGCUGAUUCGUAUAUAAAGGCGAGUUUGGUGGAUUAGUAAAUUAGGUGAUGGAGCAUAUUGUAGGUGGGAAGUUUAAGCUUGGGAGGAAGAUCGGAAGCGGAUCAUUUGGCGAGCUUUAUUUGGGUACCAAUGUGCAAACGGGAGAGGAAGUGGCUGUCAAGCUGGAAUCUUCAAAAACCAAGCACCCUCAGCUUCACUAUGAGUCAAAAUUAUACAUGCUUCUUCAAGGAGGAACUGGUGUCCCCCAUCUCAAAUGGUUUGGAGUUGAGGGUGAUUACAAUGUCAUGGUUAUCGAUCUUCUUGGGCCAAGCCUAGAAGACUUGUUCAACUACUGUAAUCGGAAACUGUCCUUGAAGUCGGUUUUGAUGCUUGCAGAUCAGUUGUUAAAUAGAGUUGAAUAUAUGCAUUCACGUGGUUUCCUUCAUCGUGACAUAAAGCCAGACAAUUUUCUAAUGGGCUUGGGGCGAAAGGCUAACCAGGUAUACAUCAUUGACUAUGGUCUUGCAAAAAAGUACAGAGAUCUUCAGACACACAAGCAUAUACCAUACAGAGAAAAUAAGAAUCUCACCGGAACAGCUCGCUAUGCAAGUGUCAAUACUCAUCUUGGAGUUGAACAAAGCAGGAGGGAUGAUUUAGAAUCACUGGGCUAUGUGCUCAUGUAUUUUCUAAGGGGAAGCCUUCCUUGGCAAGGGCUGAAGGCAGGGACUAAAAAGCAAAAAUAUGACAAGAUCAGUGAAAAGAAGAUGCUUACUCCAGUAGAGGUUCUCUGCAAGUCAUUUCCCUCAGAAUUUACAUCCUACUUCCACUAUUGUCGAUCACUGAGGUUUGAAGACAAACCUGACUAUUCGUAUCUGAAGAGAUUAUUCCGAGACCUUUUCAUCCGCGAAGGAUAUCAAUUUGACUAUGUAUUUGACUGGACUAUAUUGAAAUAUCCGCAGAUUGGCUCCAAUUCAAAAUCACGACCUAGUGGAAAACCAGGUCUCAGCCCCGGACCAUCUGCUGAAAGAGUGGAAAAGCAUCCAGUGGGCCAAGAUAUUCGAGACAAUAGAUUCUCUGGUGGAGCUGAGGCAUUCGCAAGAAGGAACGCCAGUGGGCAUGGUUUGCACGGUGAUCAUUCCAAACACAGAUCAUCUGAUGAUGUACCAUCUUCCAAGGACGUGCAAGUUGAUUCAGAAAGGGUCCGCAGUAGUUAUAGGAAUGGAAGCAUCUCGAAGAGGCCUGUUUUAUCGAGCAGUCGACCAAGCUCCUCUGGGGAGCCUAGUGAAAUCCGAUCAAGUCGGCUGGUGUCAACAAGUAGUCGCCUAUCAGGCCAAAGAGUUCAACCUGGUUUCGAGUCCAAAACAACAAACUUUACCCGUUCGUCAACUACAAAAGGUGGUCGUGAUGAUACACUCCGGAGCUUCGAGAUGUUGUCUAUUGGAACUGGGAAGAGGAAAUGAAAGAAAACAGAUCAAUCUGGGUAUAACUAGUGACGGUGUAAAUGGUCAAAACAUAACAACACCCUAUGUAUCUUCUUCUGUAAAAUGCUCCCAGCUCCUACGGUAUGUAUGUUAUAUCAUUUGAACCUUGUAUAUGUGUAUCGAUCAACGGUUGGCUCGGUUCAUCCACACGUUACAAAAUCUAAUGAAAUUUGCUCCGAAGAAAACACUGUUGGAAGCAAAACCUCCAUGGAUUUUCUUGAUUACAAUGGUGCUUGUUCUUGUUUCGUUCUAGGAAGCUGUUAAUAAUACAUUUGAGACAGUUACUCCAA